GUAUUCAUGACAAUGUUCGUCACUACAUGGCAGGAAAUCGAGAAAGCCAUUAAAAAAGUCCGGCAGGUUAAAAGCUUACAAAGAGCGCAAAGGUCAGAUGCUGUAUGACAUACCAUGUGGGAUACACUACCUUGUCCAGUGUACUCGGAGGUGGAUGAAGCGUUGCACAGCUUUCGUCGUGUUGACCACUUUUGUCUCUCUACUGUGCUGGGCUCUACACUCACACAUGGGGAAUCGUGGAGUUAUGAAGGUUGAUCCUGGAGUGAAUCCCGUUAGAGCAGUGCACGAAGCAAAACACCAUGAAGCCUUUUCACUAAAGCCAAGACGAAAAACAGGGGACGAGGACAUCAGUCCUGCUCAUAGGAAACCAAGUGUCGACAACUAUCACACUGUCCCUUUUCAGCUUACACAAAAUGUGGGUAGCAAGGAUACCGUCCUAAAGUUGUCGCCAAAUGUAAACAAUAUUCGAAUCCUUCACCAAAAACAGGUGCCAAUUGCGAAUAAUAAUGGUACGGCCCCAAUGAAACUGAUCACAAAUGGGAAGAAAGGGGACAAUGACAGUAUUUCCGUGAAGGUCUUGUUGCUGGCCUACUUCCGCACCGGGUCGACUUUCACGGCGGAGCUUCUUCAACAAACCGAGGGCGCCUUCUACACGUUUGAACCUCUCCACGCGCUAUACUCGUACUAUACACGCAAGUCGCUAGCUCCCACCCUCAUGAAUGGCACUAAAUGGAACCGCAUACUCGAAGGAUACCAGAUACCAUAUGCUCGUCAUCUAUUAGACUCUCUGUUACAUUGUCAUAUAUCCCGUAUAGACAAAAUCUCCGUAGUAGCUUAUUCAAAAAAAUCCAUCAUACUUUCGAAAUUUCGCUCAUGUAAUCAAAAAUACAAAACUUCGCCUAAGGACUUUAAUAACGUGUGUGUUCGAGAUUUACAAGAAGACUGUCAACGAGCACCAAUCAGAGUCAUCAAAACUAUUCGAACUCCAAUGAGAUUGGUUCGAGAGUUACUGGAAGCCGACCCGUCCUUGAAGGUCAUUCAUUUACUGCGGGACCCUCGUGCCCACACUCGAUCUUGGAUGCAGCACGACGGUGAAGGCGGCAAGCCACGCGACAAAAUUGAAGCCAUAUGUAACCGAAUUAGAGCUGAUCUGGAGACAAGGUACGAGCUCCAAAAGCUGUAUCCGGGAGCUUUCAAUGAGAUCAUUUACGAGGCCUUGGCUCGGCAACCGAUGGCAGUACUGAAAAAAGUCUACAGUUGGCUAGAGGUGCCCAUUCAACAAAAAGUCAUAAAUUGGCUUAUCAACAGCACGCAUAGUCAGAAAGACGGUACUUUUGUGGAAACUUUUCGAAAAAACUCCGCUGUGACGGCAUAUUCCUGGACAAAAAAUGUGAAAUUCAGUCACGUGAAUUUGGUGAACACGUAUUGUCGUGAUAUCAUCGCACACGGCCAGUUCCCUCCCUUGAAUACGGAACAGGAGUUGAGGGAAUUUAAAGGAAUAGUGUCCAGAUUUAGCGAGUCGUCCUUAUUAUAAAGACAAAUAACAGUAUAUUAAAGGGAGGUCUUCUGAUAAAGGUAAUAAUGACUUUUAAUCCACCAAAACAAUAGACUUGCUACCCCAGCUGAUCUCCAGUCGGCCGCCUGAUACGGUUCAGCCGGUGACGCCAUACAUGACGGUGAGAAUAAACAACCUGGGAAUUCCUAUAAAAACGGUGUCAUUUGCAACAUGGAUCCUAACUACACCAAAGCAAAUAUACUGCUGUAUCAAGUUGAAUCCAUAAUGGACGACAUUGAAGUUCCGAUUUAUGACACUGGCAUCUCUGUCCAGACUUCAGAUUCUGAGCUUUUAGAAGCUGAAUUUGAUCUUUGUCCGGGCAUUUCCAACCGCACUGACA